AUGAAAGAUCUACAGUUUGAACAGACUCGAAAAGCUUUGGUUUCAAAACAAAAGGAUUUAAAACGACAGGGGAAAGGAAAUAAACCGAAUGCUUCAUCUGCUCUCAGCGAAGACGACAUAGCUGUUUUGUAUGAAAAAGACUUGCUGGGCACAUCCAGUCCCGAUGCUUUACUGAACACUCUUUGGUUCAACAAUACAAUACACUUUGGAUUACGUGGCUGUAAAGAGCAUCGCGAUAUGACUUGGGGCGACGUGAAAUUACAUAAAACGGUCUCUGGCGAGGAAUAUUUGGAAUACAACGAAAGGCAAACGGAAAACACGCUCGGGGGAAAACACCAGAGAUGUGCGAAAAGUAACUCCAAAAAUGUUUUCCGUACAAGGAAAUAA